AUGGUGAGAAGCAAUAACAAAGAAAUCGGCAGGAGAGAAGGCUUACCUGUUAAGAGAGAGCAGGAGAUCCUCGGCGAGCAAGAUGCACAGGAGAGAAAAAUUGGCAAUGGUGAGAAGCACGAACGAAGAAAUCGGCAGGCGAGAAGUCAACAAAAUAAGGAAGUUUCAAAGGUUGUUAAUCAAAAUGCUCCCGGAAACAAUCAAAUGAUUUCUCCAGCAAUUCAAAAAGACCUUACGCGUGCUUGUGCCUCUGAGAUAACACUUUCCAUAAUCGAAGAUAUUGGAAACAAUGUUUUCUCCUUAAUGGUUGAUGAAUCUCGAGACAUUUCAGUGAAGGAGCAAAUGGGAGUUGUUUUGAGAUAUGUGAACAAAAGAGGACAGGAUGCUAUCGAUGCUUUAUUUGUGAAACAUGGAUUAUCAUUAUCUAGACUAAGAGGUCAAGGAUAUGAUGGAGCUUCAAAUAUGCGGGGUAAAUUCACUGGGUUGAAAUCUCUCAUUUUACAAGAAAAUCCAUAUGCAAAGGAAGACGGAUGGCAUACAAUUACAGAUAAAGUCAACACAUUUUGUGAGUUGAAUGAGAUCCCAGUGCCAGAUAUGAAAGACAAUUGUUUGAUUGGUGGUCGUAGUAGACGUAGAAGGCAAGUCAUCACUAAUUUGCAUUAUUAUCGUGUGGAGAUUUUCUAUCAGGUUGUUGAUUCAGUUAUACAAGAGAUGAAUACUCAUUUUUCAGAAGUUGGCACAGAAUUGCUUAGUUGUAUAGCAUGUCUUCAUCCAAGAAAUUCUUUUUCUGAAUUCAAUGUUCAGAAACUUGUUCGACUUUGUGAUUUAUAUCCUGAGGACUUCUCAACAAAUGAUUGUAUAGUUAUUGAACAACAACUUCAGAAUUUCAUUCAUAAUAUACGACAGGAUCCAAAUUUUUCUGGAAUUGAAAAUUUGGGGAGUUUUGCUCAGAAAAUUGUUGAAACUCUAAAAAAUCAAGCUUAUCCAUUGGUUUAUCGUCUAAUUGAGAUGGCAUUAGUUUUACCAGUUGCGACCGCUUCUGUUGAAAGAGAAUUUUCUGUGAUGAAGACGAUAAAGAUUGAUUUACGUAACAGAAUGGGAGACGAGUGGAUGAAUGAAAGUCUAGUUGUAUACAUCGAGAAAGAUAUCUUUUCAACAAUUGAAAAUGAGCAAAUAUUGCAGCGUUUUUAA